AAAACCAUUCCACACACCGUAAAAAGCUGGCCUAACUAGAAGCAAAGCACGGAGAUAUUGCCAUAUUGGUAAGUCUUUGUCCACCACCAUAUAUAUUCUUCUUCUUCACACAAACCAGAAGAUUGAAUGAAAAAAAGCUUGCUUAAAAACUCUCUUCAAAGAAUAUUGAGAUUUGAGAAUUUGGCUGGAAAAUCAUGUCAAGUUCUCGCCACCUUUCAGAUAGCGGAAGAGUCGGCAAGGAGCCUGCGCCGGAGAAGUCCAACUUUGUGCACACAUGCAAUCUUUUGAGUCGGUAUAUUAAGAAGAAGGGGAAUCUCAGAAAUUUGAAUCUUGAAAUUGGUGGACAGGUGGAGAGCCUCGAAUCCAUAAUGAGGCCCGUAUCAUCGCAGCUUACAUCCAUUAAUAUAGAAGAUGCUUCGAAUGAAUCUAGCACAAGCAAAGAUGCAAUAAUGGCGCCUAACAAUGCUCCAUUGACAAUGUUUUAUGCGGGUAGAGUUCUUGUAUUUGACGAUUUUCCGGCUGAAAAAGCCUGGGAACUGGUGCAGUUGGCUAGCAACAUAAACUCCAAUAUGGCUACUGGCAAAGAGAAAGUGAUUCCUGACGGUGGUGUGGCCUCUAGCUCUGCUGCACAAGAAUGGCGUCCACUACCAACCCAAGUUGACGGUUCUCUUGAGGCUGGUGGCAUUUUUUCGAAUACCUUUAAUGAGAAAAUGAAUACUAGUGGUUCUAGCUCUGGUGCACACGGAUGGCUUUUGCAACAGCCUCGAUCUAUUGGUUCUCGCAAGGCUAAUGGCAUAUUUUCAAACUUUGUCAUAGAAAAAGUGGUUGAUGGUGCUGCGGCACCUAGCUAUGGUGCACAAGAAUGGCUUGCACCAAAACCUGAAGCUAAUGGUUCUCGCAAGGCUACUGGCCUUUUUUCGUACCCCGUCAUAGAGAAAAUGAAUACAGGCGGUGCGGUGAUGUCUGCCUCUGGUGUGCAAGAAUGGCUUCGACCUCUAUGGAGAACAAAUAGUUCUUGCAAGGAUAGUGGUGUUUUGUCAGACCCUGUUAAAGUGAAAAUGAAUCCUGGUGGUGCUGUGGCAUCUAGCUCUGGUGUGCGAGAUUGGCUCUCUCCACAGCCUGAAAAUAAAGGUUCUCACUUGGCCAUUGGCACAUCGUCGAGCUCUGUGGAAGAGAAAACAAACACUGGUGGUGUUAUGGCCUCAUUAUCUAAAUCACAGAACAUGAUUCCACCACAAUCCGAAGCUAAUGUUUCUGAUUUGCCAAUUGCAAGGAGAUCAUCACUUCAUCGAUUCCUGGAGAAGAGGAAAGAUAGAGCCGUUGCUAGGGGGCCUUAUCAAAUUCAAGAACAGCCAGCAUCUUCUUCCAAGAGUGAUGAACAGCUUGAGCUCAAAUUAUAGGCUUAUAGCCAUUUUUGUCUUUAGGAUUUAGAGAACUUUUCUUGAAUCAAUAUUGUAUACAUCAUCAAUUAGAAGAUUCUCGGUAGGAUUUGGCAUAUAAGUUUGUUUUGUUAGAUUCAAGAGUAGUUGUGUUGUAGCUCCUAAAUUAUCAUACAAGUAAUACAAUUUUGCGGUCUUUUUCUUCUUA